UCGCUCACCCAAGACUAGCCUCUCCUUUCCUCUCUCUUCGUUGUCCUCUCACACAAGGAAAAAGCGAGGGGAAAAUAGGAAAAGUUCGGGUAGGCAGCCGAAGUCGCAAUCUAAUCGGAGCUCCGAUAACGGCAUUUCCUAUCGGAUUCGAGCGGAGACUCUCCAUAGGACUCGGAUCCGGAUCUUGUUGGCGGAAUGUACGCGGCUCCGCCUCCCCGCGGAUCCGCAACCGCUGAAACGGCGAGGGUGGAGCCUAGGGUUUACCAAGCUUGGAAGGGUAGCAAUAUAUUUUUCCUUCAAGGGAGAUUUAUUUUUGGGCCUGAUGUGAGAUCAUUAUUUCUUACUAUAUUUCUUAUUGUGGCUCCUGUUGCUGUCUUUUGCGUAUUCGUUGCCAGAAAGCUCAUGGAUCAUUUUUCUCAUCAUCUGGGAAUUUCCAUAAUGGUGGUUGCUGUUGCAUUCACAAUAUAUGAUCUAGCUCUCCUACUGCUAACCUCUGGAAGAGAUCCAGGUAUCAUUCCUCGUAAUGCGCACCCUCCAGAGCCUGAAGGUUUUGAUGGCAACAUUGAAGUUGGGGGAGUUCAAACUCCACAGUUACGUUUACCUCGAACAAAGGAUGUCAUUGUUAAUGGUAUGACAGUGAAAAUUAAGUAUUGUGAUACUUGCAUGCUUUAUCGCCCUCCUCGGUGUUCCCACUGUUCAAUCUGCAACAAUUGCGUACAACGCUUCGAUCAUCACUGCCCUUGGGUGGGACAAUGCAUUGGACUGCGGAACUAUCGAUUCUUUUAUAUGUUUGUUUUCUCCACAACUCUGCUUUGCAUUUAUGUCUUCUCCUUCUGCUGGGUCUAUAUCAAAAAAAUUAUGGAUGCCGAUCAGACUACAAUUUGGAGAGCGAUGACGAAGACUCCAGCUUCCAUCGUUCUCAUAAUCUACAGUUUCAUAGCAGUAUGGUUUGUGGGAGGCCUCUCUGUCUUCCAUUUAUAUCUCAUGAGCACCAACCAGACAACUUAUGAGAACUUUAGAUACCGAUACGAUCGGAGUUCUAAUCCAUACAACAGAGGAGUGUUUGAAAACUUUAAAGAAGUCUUCUUCACAAGCAUCGCACCCUCUAAGAACAAGUUUCGGGCAAGGGUCCAGAGAGACGAAGGGUUAGAUGUGAGGCCAGCGGAUGGUGGAGGUUUUAUGAGCCCGAACAUGGGGAAAGGGGUUGGGGAUAUUGAAAUGGGGAGAAAGGCAGUGGCAUGGGAUGGAGAUGUUGGAGGAAUGGGAAGUGAUUUAGAGGGAGGCGUUAACAAUGAAAUGUUGGAAGAUAAAAAUGCUAUCGGAUUUCCUGGUUCUUCACCUGAUUUUAAUCAAGUUAUGCAAUCGGAUGCUACAGAAGGGAGAAUAGCGGCGAGCUCGAGGAGGGGGAGCUGGGGCCGGAGAAGUGGUAACUGGGAGAUGCCACUGGAGAUUCUUGGAUUAGAACGGGUGAAUGAUGGAGUUUGAUAGGGUUUUGUGGAAGUUGGCUUGAGUUAAACUUAGGGUUUGAUGAUUUGGGGUGGCUUGAGAAGGUAAAAUUAUUUCAGUAGGCUCUAUCCUUAAUUUGUAUGGCUGUGAUGAUUGGAAAAGGAUUGAGCAUAAUUGUAUUUUAGUGAUGGCUCAUUAGUGUUUCCUUUGUUGCUUCUUUGUGUACAUUUUGAUGUAGUUCUCCGUUGCUGUAGUUCUCAAUGGCUUUGGUUUGUGGCUUUCCUCCAAAUCCCAAGUGUUUUAAGUGUGUCAUAUCUCUUUUGCUCUGUCUCUCCUCUCAUCUUUCUCACUUAAAUUUAUUAUUAUUAUUUCAGAUGGUUUAUAAGA